GCAUGAUGUGGGGCACCUCACAACUCUUUGAUGCCUCACUUGAAAAGUCUCAUGACAAGGACCGGAGCUCCACUCCAGUACCUGAGCAGUUGGAUACGACAGUUGGAUCCUCCAGCCAACCUGACCCUAUGGAUGCGACGUUUCACCUGUCCACAGCAACGGAGAGCUCGGAUACUGAAGAUGAUGAAUACGAGAAGCAGCAGCAGCCUGGGCACUCAAAAUCUCGCAGUCGUCAAACAGUAAAUCCGGAGGAGCGGUUCUUCCUAGUCACUGAGUCCAGCCUGCAAGAAUUGUUGUGUGUCUGCCCCUUCUCCAUGAGUGAUGAAGCUCGUGUUGACACUACAACAAGGGGAACAUCUGUAAAGUCUACAACUGUUUGCAGCUGUGGCAAACAGCGCACUUGGCACAGCCAACCAUGGGUGAAGGACAGGCCACUUGGCAACAUCCUGCUAUGUUCUGCCAUUCUGUUUUCCGGGGUCAACAUCAGAAAAGCAUUUCGAAUGCUUGAUAUGAUGAAGGUGGCAACUCUAACGAAGUCACAGUACUUCAGGACGCAGAAGCAGAUCCUUUUCCCUGCUGUGAAUGACGUCUACAUGAGUAAGCAGGCUGAUAUCCUGGACCAGCUUCGUCCGGUGCCCCUGGUCCUUGCCGGAGACGGCAGGUGUGACUCACCUGGCCACACAGCACUCUAUGGUACAUACACUCUUCUGGAGACAGCUGUCAACCGCAUUAUCCACUUCGAAUUGGUGAAGUCAACCGAGGUCUCCAGCAGCAAUGCCAUGGAAGCGUACGGCCUUCAGAAAUGCCUAGCAUUCCUCGAGGCCCAAGACAUGGUUGUGGACAGUUUAGUCACUGACCGCCAUUCUGGGAUCAAGGCCAUGCUGAGGGAGUCCUGCCCACAUAUUAAACACCGAUUUGAUGUGUGGCACGUCGUGAAGGGUAUCAAGAAGAAGCUCAUAGCCCUGAGCCGCUCCACAAAGCACAAUGUUGUGAAACUGUGGAUUGAGAGCCUGACCAGGCAUGCCUAUUGGUGUCCGAAAACGAGUGGGGAUGAUGGGGAAUUGUGCAUCGCAAAGUGGGUGUCGGCACUUAACCACAUUGUCGACAUCCAUGAGCAUGACGACCCCCUGUACCCAGUUUGCUACCAUGGUCCGCUUUCGGAACCACGACAGUGGCUCAAAGAAGAUACAGAGACCUACAGACGAGUGAGGGAUAUCCUGAUGGCACCUAUGCUCCUGAGGGACAUCCCAAUGCUCUCCUCGCACGGGCAAACUUACGGACUAGAAGCUUUCCACAGUGUCCUCAUACAUUUCCUGCCAAAGUCCUAUUCAUUUUCGGACGAGGGGAUGGUCGCCAGGUAUGAUACAUAA